GUCAGACACCGUUUCGGAUAUCUGACAAAUACGUCAGUCAGACAGACGAUACCCGCCCUCGGGGGGUUUGAUGUUUUUGACUGACGCCGUCACCGUUACCCCCGGCGUCUCCACAACAAAGCCAUGCUAUGAUGGUGCUCCGGCGGUUGCUGAGAAAGCGCUGGGUGCUGGGAGUAGUUUUCGGACUGUCUCUCAUCUACUUUCUCACCAGCACACUCAAACAGGAGGAAAGGACCAUACGGGACCGCACGCUCUUAGAGGUUAGAGAUUCAGACCAUCGCAUUCCGUGGAAAGUCCGUUUCAACCUGGGAAACAGCAGCAGACAGAUUACUCAGUGCAGAAACUCCAUCCAGGGAAAGACACUGCUGACUGACGAACUUGGUUAUGUCUGUGAGAGAAAAGACUUGCUGGUUAAUGGCUGCUGUAACGUCAAUGCUCCCAGCACCAGGCAGUACAUCUGUAAAAGCUGCCUGGCUAACGGCUGCUGUAGCAUCUACGAGUAUUGCGUGUCUUGCUGCCUCCAGCCCGAUAAGCAACCUCUCCUUGAGCACUUCCUGAAUCGUGCAGCUGAAGGUUUCCAGAAUCUCUUCACUGCCGUGGAGGAUCAUUUUGAGCUGUGCCUGGCCAAGUGUAGGACGUCUUCACAAAGCGUUCAACAUGAGAACACCUACCGAAACCCUCAAGCAAAGUACUGCUACGGAGAGAGUCCUCCAGAGCUGCUUCCUGUAUGAGCAUUUGAUUUUCCUCUCGGGUUCAGGACGUACAGGAGCAGCAGUGGGCCAAUAAAGUGUAUUGGUUGGACAACUAGGAGUGCUUGGAGAAGAGACUCCCUACAAGUGAACUGCUUUCUUGGAUAAUUUUGCAUUAUAGUGGCAAAAGAAGGAAGGUAUCCAAGAAAAACCUCAAAAAAGGACAAAUGCUGUAUGUGAUUUGAUUAUUUACACUUCAUAAGUGCAUAGAAAGCUUCAUACAUUCAUCCGUGAUGAUCAUCAGGUCUACGUAAGAGGCAGCUCAUCCAUCAGGAUUCGCUUCAAACCAGUUCAUGUCAUCAAAUAGGCUUCAUUUUAAAAGAAGAUAACAGCCGUUUUAUGUUUUGUUGAAUCUUUUAAAACAGCAAAGAAUGUGUAAUUACUUCUAUGUAUAGUGCAUGCGUAUGAGACGGCUAUUUAAUAAAAGUGACUGUGAAACGAAA